AUGCCUCCACCGUCGCCCGUUUCGAACAUAUCAACAUCGACCUCGUUGGCCCACUGCCAUCAUCGAACGGAUACCGAUACUGCCUCACCACAAUCUGUGGCCAACGCACUGAUUUCGGGCUGGUUCUCUCUGUACGGAAUCCCACUCCACAUCACAACGGAUUUAGGCCGACAAUUUGAGUCCACACUGUUCCAAAAGCUCGCCAAAAUUUGCGGUUUUAAGCACCUGCGCACGACAGCGUACCACCCACAAGCCAACUGGAUGGUCGAACGCUGGCACAGAACAUUAAAAGCUGCCUUAAAAUCCGCCGAUCCACUCAACUGGAGCAGUUCCCUGCACUUAAUCCUCCUAGGCCUACGUACAACAGUUAAAAGCGACAUCGGUCUGAGCCCAGCUGAAAUGGUUUAUGGCACCGCUCUACGGAUCCCUGUCGGAUUUUUUACACCAAACACACAAAAACAUACCGAAUCCGAGAUCGCCGAGACUCUUCAAAAAACCAUAUCUCAGCUACCAACCACUAAGCCAGUGCACCAUCAUACACCGCAAGAAUUUGAGAACCCGGAUUUAAACCAUUGUACCCGCGUCUUCGUCAGAGUGGAUCGAGUCAAAACCCCCCUGGAAGCAAACUACGAGGGUCCGUUCGAAAUGUUAGCAAAGCACGACAAGUACUUUACGCUCAAAGGACACACAAAGGACAUCAAGGUUUCGAUCGACCGACCUAAACCAGCAUACAUCUCCAAAACGAAUCACCUCCGACUCAAGAGAAAACGACAGCACCAACUGCCCAGCCAACCGAGCAGUUAUCAAGAUCAGGACGACGAGUCAGAUUCCCAGCAAAGUAUCUUUGCCACAGUACCCUCCUAG